AUGCAGAGAAUCAUAUUUGUUGUGUUUUUUCUCAUCUACAUCUUUCCUGUGGUAGGAGAUGUGCUCAUCUUGGUCACCGUCACUGCCAGCCCAUUAUUGGGAACUCCCAGGUGCUUCUUCCUGGCCUACCUCUCCUUUAUUGAUGCCUGCUGUUCCUCUGUAAGUGCCCCUAAACUGAUUGUAGAUUUACUCCAUGAGAAGAAAACCGUCUUAUUCAAUGGGUGCAUGACCCAGAUCUUUGGGGAACAUUUCUUUGGAGGUGCUGAUGUUACCCUGCUGACUGUGAUGGCCUAUGACCGCUAUGUGGCCAUCUGCAAGCCCUUAAACUAUACAAUGGUCAUGAAUCAGCAGGUGUGUGGCCUGCUAGUGGGAGUGAUGUGGGUGGGAGCCUUCCUUCAUGCAACCAUACAGAUCCUCUUCAUCUCCCAAUUCUCCUUCUGUGGCCCUAACAUCAUAGAUCACUUCAUGAGUGACCUGAUUCCUUUGCUCAAUCUUGCCUGCACUGAUACCCGCACUCUAGGGAUCUUCGUAGCUGCCAGAUAUAUCAUUUAUAGAUAUAUCCUUGCAUACUUGGUGAGCACUUUUGUUGUCCCCCAUUGUACGGAGGAAGGCACCCAGAGGUGCAGUGAGGAGCUAGUAAGGAGAACCCACCUGCCCCCUCAGGCCACGCUCUCAGCCUCCGUGACUCCCUGCCAGGCGAUGAUGACAGCAACGUAA